AUGAGGACUAAUCUGUCGUCCUAUACGGAGAUCAAUGUUAGUCACGGGUCCAAGAGCAUUCCCUAUUGUCGAUAUAUGAAAUGGCACGUCCUCGAAAGCCCAACGAUGUUGAGCCUUCACGAGGAUAAAAAGAAGGGAGUGUUCGGACAACGUCUUCGUACCAUUAACAGGACUUCAGCCGAGAACCGAGACCGAUCAGCCAUCACGGUAUAUGUUCCGGAUGAACCUCUUUGGAGUUACAAUAUAUUUGAUAAUGGGCGACUCUCAACAGCACAUGAACUCAAGACCGGCAACUGCGAGCUCUCCAACUUUGAAUCUGUCCGGGGAAAUUGA